GUAACAUGUGAACGGUGUUGGAUCUGGGCUCUCUGUAGGAUCUCUAAUAUCUCUCUGGACACGGCUCUGGAGGCGGACGAGGCUCCUCGGGGUGCAGACGUGGCUCGGCUGGUGGAGACGUGUGAGUGUCCGCCGGGAUACGCUGGACUCUCCUGUCAGGAGUGUGCUCCGGGGUUUUACCGUCAGGCCGUGUCUGAGCUCAACAUGAAGGGCAGAAACCGUCCGCUCAUCCGGCCCUGCGUGGCCUGCCGGUGCAACAACCACAGCCUGUCAUGUGACCUGGACACGGGCGAGUGUCUGGGCUGCCAGCACAACACCGCAGGAGAGCACUGCCACGUGUGCGCCGCAGGGUAUUAUGGGAAGGUGCAGGGCUCCGUCAGCGACUGCUCGCUGUGCGCCUGUCCACUGCGGGGUCAGAGUUUCAGCUCGACGUGUGUGUUAGAGGGCGCCGGUGAUUUCCGCUGCGAUCGCUGUGAGGAGGGAUACGAGGGCCGUUACUGUGAGAGGUGUUCGGUGGGUUACUAUGGCACCCCGUCGGAGGCAGGUGGGCGGUGCCAGGUGUGCAGGUGCAGUGGGGCGGGGUCAGUGCACAGCGUCUGUGACGGACGCACCGGGAGCUGCGAGUGUAAGCCCGGGGUCAGAGGUCAUCUGUGUGACCAGUGCGAGGAGAGACACGUGCUGGUCAGCGAGCAGUGUGUGUCGUGUGAUGACGGCUGCACCGGGGCGCUGCUGGACGAUCUGGACGCUUUAGACGGGUCCAUCGCCUCUCUGAACCUGUCAGGGGUCAUUCUCGCACCCUACAGCCAGCUGAUGACCCUCGAGAACCAGACCAGAGAGGUCAAGAGUCUGAUGUCAUGGGAGCAGAGCACAGGUCAUCAGCUGACCACAGGAGAGGAACAUCUGAGCAACCUGACCGACCAGAUCACUGACCUUCAGCAGCAGGUCCAGAGUGUGUUUGAUGGCAGUGAAGAUGUGCUGCUGAUCUCAGAGGAGAGAUUCACUCAGGGCAAACAUCUGCUGGACCUCAUCAGCAACAUUCAUUCUGCCAUCCACGGUCUGGUGGAGCAGGUGCGCUCAGUGAAGGUGACGGGGAGCGAGGAUCUGGAUGAGAAGAACAGCAGCUUCCUCCUGGAGGAGACGAGAGACACGCUGGAGAACAUCAGGAGCUUCAAUCUGACACACUGCAGCUCGACUGCUGAAGAUGAGCUCAGGUCUGCAGUGUCUGUGCUGGAGAAGGUUCAGGAGGAGAUGUCCAAACCCUUCAGUCUCAACAUCUUCAGACAGGAGAACAUGUCCAGAGCCCUCUCCACACACAGCCAGCGGCUCCUGCAGCUCCAGGGGGCCCUAAACACAGCCGAGGGCCACAACAACCACAGCACACGGCUGCUGGAGCACAUCCAGACCAACCUACAGACGCUCACAAUCUCCGGGAACAAUGUCAGCAGUCUGAACCAGGAAGUAGAAGCGCAGGUGCAGGAAGCUCAAGACCUGCUGACCGAUGCUCUGGACAUCGCUGAAGACAUGAGCAACAGCACGGCUACUCUGGAGGAGACGAGGAAUGAUCUGGAAGCAUGGAGUCCGUCUCUCAGGAAGCACGUGGACACUUUAGUGAUGGACUUGACCAGAAGAGACGCCCUACAGCUGGUGUACAGAGCCGAGGAUCACGCACGAGCUCUCAGCACACAAGCUCAAGCUGUUAACAGUUCUCUGUCUGAGGUCAGGUCUGCAGCAGUGAACGCCAGCAGUGUCUCUCAAACCAACACCAACAUCAGAGAACACACACAGCUGGCUGAAGAGCUGGCCCUCGCAGCCAAUCAGAGCGCUAGCUCCGCCCUCAAUCUGACGUCUGAGCCCUCGCUGACCGAGCAGAGGAACACAGCGCUUCAGAAGAGCACAGAGAUUCUGGACACCAGCGGAUCCCUGAAGAACCAGACAGAAGGGCUGGUGUUUAGCGUCGGUGUGGUGAGCAGGAGGCUGAGUCUGGUUGGAGCGAGUGUUCAGAACGUCACACAGCUGCUCCCAGAAGCCCUGAGCAUCCUCACAAACCUCCCGAAAGGCAGCAGAGCUGAAGUCCUGCAGGUGAAGCAGCAGACCGAAGCAGCGAACGCAUCUGUACAGGAAGCUCUGCAGCGUCUGGAGGAUCAGCGUGUGAAGCUGGACGCGGCGUCUGCAGCUGUGACCUCAGCUAACGACAGCAUCAGGAGCACUAACCAGCUGCUCCGAGACUCCGAGCUGACCGCCGCCGAGGUCAGAGCCAGACUGAGCGAGGCUCAGCUGAAGACCGAGCGUCUGUUUGACCGUCUGGAGCCCCUGAGGACGCUGGGAGAGAAGCUGAGCUCAAACCUGUCCGACAUCAGAGAGCUGAUCCAUCAGGCUCGCCAGCAGGCGGCGUCGAUUAAAGUGGCCGUUUCUGCGGACCGGGACUGUGUGCGAGCGUACAGACCAGAGGUGACGUCCAGUAACUUCAACACCCUCACGCUGACCAUGAAGACCAGCGAACCGGACAACCUGCUCUUCUACAUGGGCAGCAGCGCCAGCGAGGAUUUCCUGGCUCUGGAGAUGCGUCAUGGGAAGGUGUCUCUCCUGUGGGACACCGGCUCUGGACACACCAGAUUAGAGUAUCCCAGCGUUCAGAUCAACAACGACAGGUGGCACAGGAUCAAUGCGACCCGGUUCGGGAGACACGGGACGCUCACCGUCCAGCAGAUGGACUCCGAGCCGCUGCCCACAGUGAGGUCCACAGCGUCCGGCUCCUCCACAGUGAUGGACGUCAGCAGAUCCAGCUGGGUGUUCGUCGGGGGCCUCGGCGCUCAGGUGAAGAAACCCCCGGCGGUGAGAACGACACACUUCAGAGGCUGCGUGAGCGAAGCGUCGCUCAACGAGAACAACAUCGGCUUGUGGAACUACGCUGAGAGACGGGGAGAGUGCGGCGGCUGCUUCAUGAGUCCGCGCUCUGAAGACACCUCCUUCCACUUCGACGGCAGCGGUUUCUCUGUGCUGGAGAAGUCUCUGCGCUCCAUGUCCACCAGCGUGGUCCUGUUCUUCAAGACUCUGUCUCCGAACGGCCUUCUGCUGUAUCUGGCCUCCAACGGCACGAGAGACUUCCUGUCCAUCGAGCUAGUGGAAGGGAAGGUUCACCUGACCUUUGAACUGGGCUCCGGAGCGCUGACCUUGACCUCCAACAGAACGUACAACACCGGCAGCUGGUACAGAGUCGCCCUGCAGAGGAACAAGCGGCGAGGUCAUCUGUCGGUGAUGGCCGCUGAUAAACCCUCCGAGCGAGAGGUCAUGGAGGCGGAGUCACCGGGUUCAUCCUCUGACCUCAAUCGCUCUGACCUCGACCCCAUCUACAUCGGUGGAUUACCGGCCUCUCGGCCAAUCAGGAGGCAGGUCGUGGCUCGCUCGUUCGUGGGCUGCAUGAAGAACGUGGAGAUCGCUCGUACGAACUUCGACCUGCUCAGAGAGUCGUACGGAGUGAAGAAAGGCUGCGUCCUCAAGCCCAUCCGCAGCGUGUCGGUGUUCGGCGGAGGGUUUCUGCAGAUGCCUGCGCUCCUCUUUGCUCCUCACACGGAGAUCAUGAGCAGCUUCUCCAGCAGACGCGAGCGAGGCGUGAUCCUGGCGGGGUUCAGCUCGCCCCGUCACACGCAGCAGUCGUUCCUGCUGGUGAUGCUGGAGUCCGGAUCGCUGGAGGUUCAUGUGGGCGUGGCCGGGGGCGGAGCCGUGCACAGAGCAGUCGUCAAAUCACAGAACGGCUCCUUCAGUGACGGACAGGAACACUCUCUCAUUCUGCAGAGGAACAAACGGUCCAUCACAGUGUUUGUGGACGAGCAGAACCAUGCGAUGGUGAAGCUGGGCUCGUCCGCUGAGAAACCUCUGUCUCUGGAGCGGCUCUUCAUCGGCGGCGUUCCUCCGGGAGAGACGGGAACCAGAGGCUCCUUCUACGGCUGCAUCAGGAACACAGCAGUGGACGGCAUGCUGCUGGAUCUGUCUUCUGCUCUGCGCUACGAGGACGUGGACAUGAACAGCUGUCUACUGGAGGAGAGACCCAAACGUGUGCUUCUGCCUGAUGAGCUGGAGGCGGAGCCGACCUCUGACCCCGCCACACGACCCCUGUCACCCCCGGAGGAGCUGAGCGCGUUUACACCCGGCAGCAGCAGCUGUGCAGCAGCAGAUGACACAGAAACAAUCCCAGAAUCCCUGCAGUUCGGCCUGAACCGACACAGUCAUGUGAUCAUGGGCUUCAAGAACAAGACCGUCAGAACCAGUUUUGCGGUGAAGCUGUCGGUUCGGACGUUCGCGCGCAGCGGCGUUCUCUUCUACAUGGCCAACGCAAACCAGCAGGAUUACGCCGUUCUGCAGGUGCAGGGGGGGCGUCUGCAGCUGUCAUGUGACCUAGGGAAAGGCCCCGCCCACGCCUCGCUGACCACGCCCAUCAACGACGGCCUCUGGCACACCGUGAAGGCUGAGUUCAGUAAGAAGACGGUGAUGGUCAGUGUGGACGGGAUCGAAUCUGACCGCACACCCACUAAAGGACACACGCUGGACGUGGAGGGGAAGUUGUACCUCGGAGGACUUCCUGCCACAUACACGGCCAGGAGAAUCGGAAACGUGACACACAGUCUGGCAGCGUGUGUCCAGGACGUGAUGUUCGGCGGGGUCCAGAUGAACCUGAGCGCUGCGCUGUCGUCUCACUCCGCCGGGGUCUGCUUCAGACGCGCUCAGAGCGGAAGCUUCUUCAGCGGCAGCGGAUACGCCGCUUUCAUGAAAGAGGGAUAUAACGUGGGCUCCGACCUCACCGUCAGUCUGGACUUCCGCUCCACGGCGCCGGACGGGGUUCUGUUGGGAAUCAGCAGCACUAAAGUAGACGCCAUCGGCCUGGAGCUCGUCAACGGACAGGUGGUGUUUAACGUGAAUAACGGCGCGGGUCGGAUCACGGCGAGCAGCAGGAGCGCUGUGUCCAUGUGUGACGGCCGCUGGCGGACCCUGGUGGCCAAGAAGCAGAAGCACAGCUUGAGUCUGACCGUAGACGGCGUGACGGUGACCGCAGAGAACCCCUACUCAUCCUCCACCUCAGCCGAGACCAAAAACCCCAUCUAUGUGGGCGGAUACCCAGCGGACGUGAAGCAGAACUGUCUGAGCUCCAGAGAAGCGUUCCGCGGCUGCAUGAGGAACCUGCGUGUGAUGAAGGGUCACGUCACCGAUGUGCUGGACUUCAGCGCUGCCUUCGCUCAUCCACACGUCUCCCCUCACUCCUGCCCGGAUACUGCUGCUUAAACAGAACGCUUUUAAUAUAGUUCUGCAGCUGGU